AUUUGAGAGAGCUCAUGAAGAGAACUCCCCCAUUGGAGAUGCUCUUAGAAGCCAAAAACUUGAAAACAGAAACGAAAGUAUCGAUUAAUUUGGAUAUCUCAACAUGUUUUUUUGUCCACUUCUAAAAACACAGAAUAUUCGAAAUUUAAAACUAAAAUAAAUGUCUUGACCAAAAACUAAAAUAAAAAUGUAUAAUUCGGGAAUCUAUAAGAUGGGGAAUGUAGCUCGAAAAAUAAGUAGGGUAUGUAGAUCGGAAUUAAUAAAACAAAAAAUGUUGUCUUUAUUAAUUAAUAGAUAUAUAAUAAAAUACACAAUGUUGUCUUUAUAAUAUUAUUACUUCUCAGCCCCAAAAAUUAUCUUUGAUCGGUCCCUUUUGUUUUAUCGUUUUAGGGUUACUAGCUCCUUUGUCUAUUUUUCUUUUCUCAGUUUCCCCCAAAUUAAAAAAAAAAAUCUCUCUUUCAGAGAUUUACAAAUUUCAUUUCCCCAAAUCCGAAACCCAAAGUGGAUAUUUUUCCUUCUGGGUUUUUUCUGUUUUGUCUCAGAUUUUGAUUUUGACCGGAAUACUCAUAUUCUCCGGCGAUUCUGAAGCUGAAAAAAUUGAUUCUCCGGUGGCAUCGUCUGUGAGAAAUGGAAGGAAUCACUCAUCCAAUACCUCGUACUGUUGAAGAGGUCUUUAGCGACUUCAGAGGUCGACGAGCUGGUCUUAUUAAAGCUCUCACAAAUGAUAUGGUGAAGUUUUACCAAACGUGUGAUCCUGAGAAGGAGAAUUUGUGUCUCUAUGGACUUCCAAAUGAGACAUGGGAGGUUAAUCUACCCGUUGAGGAAGUUCCUCCUGAGCUUCCUGAACCAGCUUUGGGCAUUAACUUCGCAAGAGACGGAAUGCAAGAAAAGGACUGGGUAUCUUUGGUCGCGGUUCACAGUGAUUCAUGGCUGCUUUCUGUUGCCUUUUACUUUGGUGCACGUUUCGGAUUUGGUAAGAACGAGAGGAAGAGACUGUUCCAGAUGAUUAAUGAGCUGCCGACCAUUUUCGAAGUGGUGAGUGGCAGCAAUGCAAAGCAGUCCAAGGAUCUAUCUGUUAACAACAACAAUAGCAAAAGCAAACCUAGUGGCAUCAAGCAGUCUCGCCAAUCCGAAUCUCUCACAAAGGUUGCAAAGAUGUCAUCUCCACCGCCAAAAGAAGAAGAUGAUGAGAGUGAAGACGAGGAAGAGGACGAUGAACAAGGUGCGGUUUGUGGCGCUUGUGGAGACAACUACGGUACAGAUGAGUUCUGGAUUUGCUGCGACGCGUGUGAGAAAUGGUUCCAUGGAAAAUGUGUGAAGAUAACACCUGCAAAAGCAGAACACAUCAAGCAUUACAAAUGCCCAAGUUGCAGUAACAAGAGAGCCAGACCUUGAAGUUUAAUAAAAGGUAAACGACUUAGGAGAAAAUUGUGAAAGAAGGAGAAGAAGUUCCCAGUUUAUAAGAAAUGCCAGUGAAAGGGACUUAGAAAAUGUAAGAAGGUAACAUCUUUUUUUCUUCUUUUGCUUAGUCUUUAAUAUUAUGGUAUUGACUAUUGAGAGAUAUUUACAAUUGGUGCUGUCUUUUCGUUUUUUUUUUUCUUUGGACUUUUUAUUGUUAAUGUUAAUUCUACUACUAAUUUGUUUGGUCUUAUUUAAGAUAUUGUAGUUUCUGAACAGUAAUUUGCGAAAGUUGUGAAACUAUUAUGUGGUUAGUUUCUUAUCAUAUUUUACUUCUUA